GCCGGAAGUUGGGGACCUUUCUGCAUGCGGGUGACGUCACCACACAGUCGUGAACAUGGCGUCCGUGACAACAGCCACCUCAGAAUGGAUUCAGUUUUUUAAGGAUGCAGGGAUCCCAGCUGGUCUGGCUGUCACAUAUGCUGUUUCCUUCGUAGACAACAGAAUUCAGAAGAACAUGUUAAUGGACCUCAGUAAAGACAUCAUGAUGGACCUCGGCAUUACUGUAAUUGGGGACAUCAUUGCCAUUCUUAAACAUGCCAAACAGGUCUACAGGCAGGACAUGUGCAAAAUGGCAACUGAGGCCAUCUCAUCAGGACAGACCAGUGUUCAAGCUGAGCUCAGAAGAACUGCCAACACCC